CCUCACCUACCCAACCAAAUUUUCCUGGUUGGAGACCUGGGCCAAAUGCGCAGCAAGUCCGUCCUUUGCCUCACGGGGUUCCUUCAAAUGCAAGACCUCCUACAUUUAUUCCUGACCAGCGACCACCUCCAAAUGUUGGUUUUCCAAGACCACCACCUACAGGAACAAGACCUAUGUCACCCAGACAAGGUCAGAUGAUUAUGCCUUCAUCUCAGCCGGUACAGAUUAAUUCUACUACUGGUGUAGCGGGAAUGAAGCCUCCUUCACAAGUUAAUUCCGGUCAAAUUCAAACAACAAUUCCUCCAUCUUCACUGGGAACAUCACAAUAUCCUAGACCUCAAGGACCUCCAAUCGCGACGCGUCCACAACAAGAAUCAGAUGUGAAUAAUAUUGUUUCUCAGAUGUCAAAUAUAGGGAUUCAUCAAAAUUUACCUAGCCAACAUCCGAAUCAACAUCCGAAUCAAUUUGAUCAAAGUGCAAAGCUUAAUAAACAAACUCGUUCUAAACGUGUUCAUCAUCUUAGUUCCGACCUCAAUUCUUCAACAUAUAAUUCUUCAUCUCAAAAUAUAUAUCCUCAACCGCCCAUUAAUGAAGCACAACCUGUGCAACAGCAACAACCAAUAUUUUCUCCAAUGGUUCCACAGCCACCUCAACCUGGCCAACACAAUGUGCAGCCUAUGCUAAAUCAGCCUCAAUAUAUGCAACCACCUCCAGUUCCCGGCCCUCAACCCCCUCAACCACCUUCCAUGGCACGUCCUGCGGGCCCAAAUGUUCCUCGUUCUAAAAUUGAUCCUAACCAAAUUCCUUCACCGGUUGCUGUUCAAGAACAGGAUCAAGAGCUUUAUGAUGAAAAACCUUAUAUGACAUGUACUAAAACAAUACCCCUUGCAAGUACCGAUUUUAAAGCUGUUGACGAAGGCAAUUCAAAUCCUCGAUUCAUGAGAUUGACAUUAUAUUCCAUACCGAAUACUGAAGAUCUACUUCAAACAUCUCAUUUGCCUCUUGGCGUUAUUUUACAACCUAUGGCUAAAUUAAGAAAUGAUGAGUCUCCUAUUGAGUUAGUUGAUUUUCAAGAAAAUGGUCCAAUUCGAUGUCUUCGCUGUAAGGCUUAUAUCAACCCUUUCGUUAUUUUUGUGGAAGGUGGACAAAAAUAUAUAUGUAAUAUGUGCUUAUUUUCAAAUGAAGUUCCGCCAGAAUAUUUUUGUCAUUUAGACAUGAAUGGACGUCGUGCUGACAUAGACCAAAGACCGGAAUUAAAAUACGGAACGGUAGAAUUUACUGCUCCGGAGGAAUAUUGGGCUAGACCUCCGGCUCCUUUAUCAUAUGUUUUUGCUAUUGAUGUUUCAUGGAAUUCUAUUAAAAGUGGAAUGCUUGCAAAGUGUGUAGAAACUAUUAGAUAUAUAUUGUAUAAUUCAGAAAGUAUACCAACAGAAUGUAAAGUCGGUAUUGUUACUUUUGACAAAGACGUCCAUUUUUAUAAUCUGCAGUCUCAACUUGAACAAGCACAAAUGCUUGUUGUUUCUGAUGUUAACGAUGUGUUUGUUCCACUAAAUUCCGGACUUUUGGUUGACCCAAUUGAAUCUAGAACUGUUAUAGAAGCACUUUUGGAAUCAUUACCAAUGAUGUUCGCUGAGAAUAAGGUCAUAGAACCCGUAUUAGGUGCUGUUGUUGAAGCAGCGCACAUGGCUUUGAAUUCGAAUGGUGGGAAAUUAAUAAUUUUCCAAACUUCCCUUCCAACAUUUGGCCCUGGUUCAAUUAAACAUCGUGAGGAUCCGAAAUUAUAUAAUACUGAUAAAGAGAGGUCUUUAUUUGGACCUCAAGAUAGUUACUAUAAAAAUUUGGCGAUUAAUUGCGUCGAUUCUGGGAUUUGUAUCGAUCUAUUCCUUUUCCCCAAUACAUAUACUGACAUUGCAACCAUAGGAUUAUUGUCAUGUUUAACUGGUGGCGAAACUUACUAUUAUCCCAAUUUUGAAGUUCAAAGAGAUGGUGAAAAAUUUGCAUUUGAAUUACAUCAAAAUAUCACACGAGAAUUUGGUUAUAAUGCACUAAUGAGAAUUCGAUGCUCGAAUGGCUUAAGAGUUGAAGAACAUUUUGGUAAUUUCAAUAUGCGUAAUACAACCGAUAUUGAACUUGCAGGUAUUGAUAGCGAUAAAGCAUUUGGUGCUUUACUUAAAUAUGAUAGCAAACUCGACGAGAAAACGGAAGCAUAUGUUCAAUGUGCGCUUCUAUAUACAACUUCAACUGGACAACGUCGAGUACGGACGCAUAAUUUGAGUGUCACAGUUACAACAUUGCUCGGCAACGUUUUUCGACAUGCCGAAAUGGAUACUACAGUCAACUUUCUGGCGAAGCAAGCUGUAUCGAACACAAUUACCAAGCCACUGCGUGAUAUUCGUGAUCAAAUAACCGAUAAAUGCGUCAAAAUCCUAAUGUCGUAUCGAAGGCACUGUGCUUCUUCAAGUUCUCCAGGACAACUCAUUUUACCAGAAGCAUUUAAAUUAUUUCCAUUAUAUGCUUUAACAAUGUUAAAAUCUAAAGCACUUCGUGGUGGUGCUAACCUUACGAGUGAUGCCCGAGUACAUUGUAUGCGUCUUAUUAAAAGCAUAGGUGUUACAGAGAGCAUUGUUGGAAUUGCUAAUGAACAUGGCAAAGUAAAAUUGCCCCCUUUAAUACGAGUGUCAUAUGCUAGGCUCGAAAAUGAAGGAGCAUAUUUAUUAGAAAAUGGUCAAAUUUUGAUUUUUUGGCUUGGACGGCAAUUAUCGUCUGAAUUUAUACGUAAUGUUUUUGGGGUCGAUACAAUCGAGCAGAUUGAUCCAAAGCUUUCCUCUCUUCCUGAGCUCAAGAAUAAUACAUCGAUACAAAUUCGAUCCAUCAUAAAUUAUCUUCAAUUGCAAAGAUCAAAAUAUUUGCGGUUAACAAUUGCAAGAAUGCAAAUAGAUGCAACUGAAAUCGAGUUUCAUAACCUGCUAGUUGAAGAUGAAAACAACGGGGCCAUGUCAUAUGUUGAUUAUCUCUGUUUUAUUCACAAACAAAUUCAAAUGGAGGUUAAUAUGAGUGAUUAA